UGGCGUCCGCGGGCUGCGCUAGUCAGACAGCUGAGUCACACACUCCAAGAGCCUGGGAAAUAAAGAACCCCAACAGCUUCUAUCUUGUCAGCAAUCCGAAAUUUCGACCCCGUCUGCACCGGUGAACUAUUGGAAAGAUGCUAAUAACACUGAAGACACUACAGCAACAGACGUUUAAAAUAGAGAUUGACCCAGAACUGACGGUAAAGGUCCUGAAGGAGAAAAUAGCUGAAGAAAAAGGCCAUGAAGCAUUUCCUCCCGCAGGUCAAAAACUCAUCUACGCAGGUAAAAUCCUGAGUGAUGACACGCCGCUAAAAGAAUACAAAAUUAAUGACAUGAACUUUGUGGUUGUUAUGGUGACAAAGCCUAAAGUAGCCCCGUCCCCACAGGCUGCCCCGAAGCAGACGCCCCUGCCAGCAGCGGCUCCAGCACAGCCCUCGGCUCCCUCCUCUGUCCCAACACCACUGCCAUCAACACCGUCACACACUGUGCCUACCCCCACACCCGCCCCAGAGUCGAAGCCUCCCUCUGAAGUCACCCCAGCUGCUGUGGACACAGCCUCAGAUUCUACAGUUUCAGCCCAGGACUCAAACUCUGCAACAAACACUGCUUCAGCUGAUACACCACCCACUUCAUCCCCCACCUCCACUACAGUUGCAAAACCUGAUGCACAGACAACCUCGUCAGAGAAAGCCGAGGACAAAACAAGCGAGGAGUCAGAGAAUCAGCCUUCAGCUGCUGCCUUGCCUUCCUCCGCGUCAAGCCUUGUUGACGAUCAAGGUCUUCUUGAAGAGGCAGCAUCAAUACUCGUGACAGGUCAAGCGUACAUGAAUCUGGUCUCAGAGAUCAUGUCUAUGGGUUAUGAGCGGGAGCAGGUUGUCGCUGCUCUCAGUGCCAGUUACAACAACCCGGAUCGGGCUGUAGAGUAUCUACUCACGGGUGUUCCACUAGAACCUAGUGAAGCACUGCCACCUGAACCUGCCCAACCCGUUGCCCCUUCCAACCCUGCAACCCCUGCAACACAGCCACCGCAGCAGCCGCCUGCAGCCCCAAACACUCCCGUUUCUGGCAGCCAGACCCCUUCAGCUGGUGGAGGCGCCACUUCCCCAGGGAACCCUCUGGAGUUCCUAAGGAAUCAACCUCAGUUCCAACAAAUGAGGCAGAUUAUUCAGCAGAACCCAGCCCUCCUGCCCACAUUGUUGCAACAGCUUGGUCGGGAAAACCCACAACUGCUGCAGCAAAUUACACAGCACCAGGAUCGUUUCAUCCAGAUGCUGAAUGAGCCUCGCGGGGGAGACAGUGGGGGUGAAGGGGCAGAGGCCCAGGGCUCACAACAAACCAACUACAUCCAGGUCACGCCGCAGGAGAAGGAGGCUAUUGAUCGGUUAAAAGCACUGGGCUUCCCAGAAGGCUUAGUCAUCCAGGCCUACUUUGCCUGUGAGAAGAAUGAAAAUCUGGCUGCCAACUUCCUGCUACAGCAAGCAUGGGAUGAUGAAUAACCAAACCAUCACUGAUGACAUCACCACUCAAGAAACUCAAUGACAGUGCUACACAUGAUCCACCAGUAAUGGAGCAGGAACUGUAGACACAAGGGACUUUUUCUUUAAUGCAGAGACGUGACUGUGGCCUAACGUUGGAGAUUUUUUUUGUGCUCUGUCGCUGUGACAACACUUUCUGCUGCUGCUUGUUUUAAGCUAAGAUGCCACAUUCUAGCAGCCAGUGUCAGCUUCACAAUCCAUUACUCCUGAUGAACAUGUUUCAUUUGCCAUAAGUGUGUUCUGUACUAAAAAGGAAUCUUGUAUAGUUCACAAAGUAUAUCAACCUGUACAAACUUUAAGAUAUAUUCCACCAGAUAUGCUGUUCCAUCUCAGUAAUGUCAAAUGAUUUCUGCUGUCAUUUUGUUUGGUAGCAUCAAUGUCACCAAGUGUGAAUCUGAAUGACAAUUCCUCUUUUCCUUCUUAAGAUUUACUAGUUGUUUUUGUUGACAUUUAAAUAUGGCUGUUAAGAUGAACUAGGCUUUCACAACACUAAAGAAAAUAUUUGGUCUGCAUCUGUAUGUUUUAUAAAUAUCUUACUUUACAACAGGAAGAAAUAAUUCCCAUGAUGUUUAACAAAAAUCAUAUGAAAAAGGAGCAUUAUAUAGAGACAUCUCUGAGAUCUGUGUAAUCUAUAACCGUGGAAUAUUUCUGCACACUUCUGUUAGCUGGCACUUGUUUACAACACAGAAGGUAAUGGUGUCUAUUUGCGCGCCUUUGUUAGCGUCUUCCAAAAACGCGUGAUAUCCAAAGAGUCAAGAAAAAACUCUUGAAUUCUAUGAGGACAUGAAUUCUAUGAGGAGCUGUGACUGCACCUUAGCUGUAACAUGUGGUACCUUUGUUUGCAACCACAACUUGUUCAAGAAUGCUGUAUGUUUGGAAAGAGCGGCUUUUGUGGAGUUGUCACUCUCUGGUAGAAAGUUAGGUUCCCUUUUUAUCUCUGAUUUAAUCUAAUCCAGUUUUGGAAUUUCAUAGCGUUUCCAUUCAUUUUAUGCAGACAUUUUCUGUUUGUUCAUGCCUUAUUAGUUGGAGUUUUAAAAUCUCAUUCUUACACAAUUAGAUAUGCAUAUAUUUUCUUUAAUAGAGAACUAAAGGGAAUUUAAAGUUCAAGAAGCCAAAACAACAAGAUCCACCAGCAUGUGCUUUGCUGUGUUCAUUCAUAUUCAAUUUAACUGGAACAGACACCAUGGGUUAUUCUGGACAAACUUAAUGGCGAUGGCACUUUAAUUCGAGUGUGUCUCACUGGUGAUGAUGGUUGCAUGAAAAUGGUUUAGUGUUUUUUUUAAAGCAUGACUCUGGGACAGAGUAGGGAAUUAACUAAUGUGGUUUGACCCCAAUGUUUUCCUGUUAUGUUUUUCCUUUUUUUAAGGCUAGUAUAAAGAGGAAAUGUCAUGAAAGUUAAUGUGUGGAAACUUUCAGCACUGUUUGAAAUAAAUGGCUAAAGUAGCCAAAUUAAAUUGGUGGUUUAUGAAUUUGUCUCUUAGCAUGCUCACAAUAAAUGUACAAAUUGCCAU